CAUUUUACUUACUUAUUUUCCUCUUUAUAUCGUAAACUGUCCACACAGGGACUAUGGUUGUGAUCAUGUGGAUCUCUUCUUGUUUAAUUUGUGUCGCUUAAAAAAAAAUGAGGUCCACCUUGCUACAGCUAAUGCAGUCUAACAACAGCUCUGCAAUUAGCCAUGACCGUUAUAAUGUUUUUUAUGUUAAAGAGGUUUGUUAAUUCAACUGUAUGGUCAUUUAGUAGGAUAUAGUUUGUGGUUUAAUAAUCACUUUAAAGUGUUGUAUAAACCUAAAGAGUGCAGAUCCCUUCGAGCUGACAGAGAGAGAAACAACCUACACUCCUGCACAAAUUGUUGUCGUGGAAUCGGCGCUAUGAAGCGGCUGUACAUCGGCGGGUUGAGCCACUCGGUCACCCAGAAGGAUCUGAAGGAUCGAUUUGGAAAGUUUGGAGAUGUGGAGGACGUGGAGGUCCGGACCAGGAGGGACGACGACGGUGUUCCUUAUAAAACCUUCAGCUACAUUAACAUCAACAUUUCAGACGCCGACCUGAAGAAAUGUAUGACGGUGCUGAACAAAUCCAAAUGGAAAGGAGGAACUCUGCAGAUUGAAACAGCCAAGGAGAGUUUCCUGAACAGACUGGCUGAGGAGCGGCAGACGGCGGAGGAGCAGCGCCUCCAGCAGCCUGAAGUGGAGGACGAGAGGCAGAAGAUGCUGGACUCGCUGAGCAAAGCCGGCGUGGACAACUUCACCAUGAAGGCCGCGGUGCCGGGGACCGAAGUACCGGGACACAAGGACUGGGUCGUCAGUAAAUUCGGGCGAGUUCUCCCCGUCCUGCAGCUCAAGUGUCAGAAAGGCAGCCGAGCUCGAACGGUGAACUACGACCCGUCCAAAUACAGCCACAACAUCCGCAAGCUGGACCGGUCCACUGUAGAGCAGCACACACCGGUCACCCAGCUCACCUGGGAGGAGCAGGGAGGAGACGAUGACAUCAGCAAGAAGAGGCGGGGAGAGUUCCCCCCGUACGAGCCGCCGAGACGCAAGAAGAGUCGGAAGGACGUGGUCAAAUCCCACAAUGCUGAAGGCGGAGCCGGCAGGUCUCCUCCUCGUCGUUCUCUUCUUAGAGUUAAGACUGUUGUCUCCGUCGAUCACACCGAGGCUCGUCGCUUCACCAACGGAGACCAACCACCGACGAACCACAGGCUGGCUCAGAGGAGGACGCCACGUUCCACUGACUGGGACAUCGAUUCAGACGAGGAAAUCCACAAAAUGGUGACGGCCCAGGACACCUCCCAUGCUGCACUGCAGCAGCAGCAGCAGGAGGAGGAGGAGGAGGAUGAUCAGCUGGAAGUAGUCGGACUCGACUACUUGGUGAAGUCUGGGUGGAAAGGAGGUCCAGACCACAAAGACGAGAAUGACUACGACUCCGGAGACACAGAUGAACUAUUCGCCUCCAGGAAGCCUCCUCUUCCUCCACCGCAGCAGAGAUCCACUCCACAAGCUCCAGCACAGCUCUCAGGAAACGACAGGAAGAGAAAGAUGAAGAAGAAGAAAAGUACAGCUGGAGAGGAAGAGGACGAUUCGUCAGGUGCUGAAGAAGAGGUCGCCUCCAGGAAACCGUCUGGUGAACACAGUUCUCAGAACCAGAGUAAGAAGAUGAAAGUCCUCCCUGUAGUGAGUCUCCCUUCCUCAGAAUCAGAUGAAGAAGAUGAAGAUGAGGAGGAGUUAGAAUCGGCUGAUUGCAGCUCAGAUUCUGACUAUGAAGCCAUGUUCUCUAACGUCACUCGUCUGGAGAUCUCCCUGGCUGAUCUACAGAAGCUAGCUGGGGAAUCCUCUGGACAGGAAACUAACCUCACGGCCGGCUCUUCUGAAAGACCUGCACCCAAGAAAGGCACAACGCCGGAGGAGAUCCUCGCCGCCAUCAUGGAGGACAGCAGCGACGACGAGCAGCAGCAGAAGAAGAAGAAGAAGAAAACAAAAGCCGUCAAAGUGUCAACGCCGCUGCCCGCAUUCCAGGGAACCAGAGCGCUGACCAAAGAUGCUGUGAAAGCAGCACCUCCCUCUACUCCUCACAGUGAGUCCUCCUCCAGCGAGGAGGAGGAAAGAGAAAAUGCUCCCCCUGCUCCUCACAGUGAGUCCUCCAGCGAAGAGGAGGAGGAGCAAAGCGAAGAAGAGGUGGAGGAGGAGAAGCAGACUCCUGUCCGGGUACCGUUAGGAGCUAAGGAGGAAGAGGAGCGUCAGAGGAAGACCAACAUGAGGAGGCUGGCUGCUGUCCAGCAGAGACAGAAAGAGGCUGAAGAUCACAAGAAGCUCAUCCAGGGAGCUCUGUCCAACCUGGAUGCUCCAAAGGCAGGAGCAGGGAAACACAUCGUCUUUGGCUCUGAUGAGGAUGAUGAUGAAGAUGAUGAUGAAGACGAGCAGCAGACGACCUCAGAGGUCACGACGCCAAAGAAGACGCUGUCCCAGGACGGCCAAUCAGAGGACGAUGCAGCAGUCAGUGAGAAGGAAAGAACCAAAGGAAAGGUGCGUGUGAAGCCGUCUGUCCCUCAGCUGUUUGGCGGCAGCGAGGAUGAGGAGGAUGGUGAUGAAGAGGAGGAUGGCAGCAGGUUUGACGUCAGGCCUCAGUUUGAAGGUCGAGUUGGACAGAAGCUGAUGGCGCUUCAGUCUCGCUUCGGGACAGACGAGCGAUUUCGAAUGGACUCUCGCUUCCUGGACGAAGAGGAGGAGGAGGAGGAGGAGGAGAAGUCAGAGAAGAAGAAGAGCGUGACUGAGGAAGAGGAGGCUCUGGAGGAGGAGAGGAAGAAGAACCUGUCGAUCUUGCAGAGCGUCCUCGGCAGCAGCCAACAAACACACAGCAGCAAGACGGCCGUCAAGGCCAAGGCCUUCAGAGACGUCUCGGCGCUGCAUUACGACCCGAGCAGAGAGGAACACGCUGCGUUUGAGACCAAAACAGAUGAAACCAAGAAGGAGAGCAAGGCGGCCAGGAGGAAGAAGAGGGAGGAGGCCCAGAAGCUUCCGGAGGUCUCGAAGGAGAUCUACUACGACGUGUCCGGGGACCUGAAGGCCGUGUUCGGUCAGACGAAGGACGAGGACGUCGCCGGAGGAGGAGACGAGGAGACAAACUGGGACCGAGAGGAAGAGGCGAAAGAAGAAGAAGACGGAGGAGGAAAGGAAGAACAGCCGACCCUUCAGUCGUCUCUCCUCUCAGCUGAUCCCGGAGCAGAGAACGAGGAGGCGUCCGGAUUCAAAUUCUCCUUCUUUGAGGACGACACAGAAACAGGAAGUGGAGAGACGGCGGAGUACAAAGUAGAGAGCAUCCAGGCGCCAAAGGUCUCAUGGCAACAAGACCUGCGCUUCCAAGACAGCAGCUCAGAGGAGGAGGAAGAGGAGGAGCAGCAGCAGGAGGAAGAGGAAGAGCAAAGCAACGUCACCGCUAAAACCACAGAAGAGGAGACGCCUUCAAAGACGGAUCUCUUCUUCUUCUACCUUGGUGACAGCAGACUGACGGAGGGUCCCAGGUUGUUCUGUCGUCCCUCUCAGCUGGAGGAGCAGAGGGAGCAGUGGGAGGAGAGGAGGAGCGAGCUCAGACAGGAGUACCGCAAAAAACACAAGGAUGCCAGGAGGAAGCUGAGAUCCUCCCUGAAGAGCUGAGGAUUAUGGGAAGUGAAGUCUCUGUUCCAGUUCACUGGUCUGGUUUUCAGAAUCAGGAGCUGACGGAUUAUUUCUCCCCUCUUGGUGCCGUUUUGUGCACCAGACUGAUUUCAACAGUCAGCAGGAGGGACACCACAUGGCAGCUGAAGACAUCGAGUGAAAGUUCAAGAUCAUCAAAGUAUCUCAUUUAUUUUUUGCUGUCGGUCCAUCUUGUUUGGUUUUGUUGUUAGUUGCUUUGAAAAUAAUGCUGCAAAUAAACAUACAGCACAUAAUGCGACAGCAGCAGCCAAUCACAGCCUCAGAGGUCCAAACCUGUUAUUAAAAAAAUUCUAUAAAUAAGCAAACUAAAUGGUCUAAUUAAUAAGAAAUAUGUGCCUUAACAAUGAAAUAAAGACAGUUUUGGUCUUCCAUACAUCCCAUCUCCUAAAGUUAUUAGACUAAAGUGUGUGAUUGUUGUGUUCUGAUGACUCAUUGUGGACUUUAGUUCUUGCCUCAGUGUCUCUUUGCUCUGUGAAAUAAAGUAAAAUUAUUGUUUUGUGACGUUCAAA